GCUUUAAACCACCACCACUGCUGCUGCUGCUGCUUAACUCGUAUCUCCAAAGCAAAGCCAGUAAAGCUGAAAAACAACAGCAGGGCCGGUUUGACCAAAGAAGGACGCCAGCCUGUAGCCGUAGAGCCGGCAGCGCUCUCAGUGCUGUUGGAGGAGAAGAGGAGGGCUGAAUGUGUCGGUUCUUUCAGAAGAGCUGCUGCAUAUGGAGGGUUGAAUAGGGUAAAGCCGGGCCCUGUGCACUUAUCUCCAGAGCAGCUAAAUGGACUUCUGUCUUUAGACUGGCUGGAGUCUAUUCAACUUGAUUAGGAGCAGCUCGCCCAUAUCUUUCUUGGUGGAAUGAGAAGACAGGUCAUGGGCAGAUGAUGGACGUUGAGUCAUCAUACUCGGAUUUUAUUAACUGUGAUCGCACAGGCCGCAGGAAUGCAGUGCCCGACAUUAAAGGUGAAGAAAAAGGGGUGGGCACCAGCGAACUGACCAAAGACAUGGCGCAGAUGGACCUGAAAGCUGGAGAGGCGGAUGCCGCCGGGGCUCCGGCCCCUGAAGCCGAGGCGUCGGGGAGCCAGGAGCCGGAGCAGAGCAAAGACGGAGCAUCUUAAGACGAAGCCGAGGACGGAGGAGCCACGCUGCACCCGACCCGGCUGCACCACCUGCUCCUCCGUCACAGACUCUCCUCAGACUGCCUCCAGCAGCCGCUCAGAGACUCGUCCCCAGAGAUGCCCCUCCACAGAAGCACUACCGCAGAUCCUCCCCGCAGAGAGGAAGCACAGACCUUUUAUACCUUUACAUCAGAAACGCUACAACUCUUCAUCCUGGAACUGUUACCAAGUACCAAAUGAAAACCUGUCGGACCCACGCUGAAGACUGACUCACUUCCUGAGGAUUUAUUAUUAUUAUUACUAUUUUUUUUUUGCUUUUGUUUCGUUUUUUGAACAGUAAGAACGGAUUAAAGGAAAGACUAUUUAUUUCCUAAAAUUCCCCGAGGUCAAUAGAGUGCGUUUCUGUACUACAUUUCAUCCUAUACUUUCCAGUGUAUGUUACAUAAUUAACAAUAUUUAUAUAGUCCAUGUUGAGUUAAAGCUUUCUGCUCACUGAAACACUCUGCGUUUUGUUUUCUCUUUAUAUUGUAAGUACCUCAGAAUAAAUGGGAAUGAUAUUAA